AUGCCGACAGUAAAAGGCAAGAAGAAGAAACCAAAGAAGGAACAGAGUCAAGAUGAUCCUCCAGCAGAAGUUGCCGUGGAGAUGGAGGAAGCCAAGAACAGAAAAAACUCAGAGAGCACCGAGCGUUUGACCCCUGACCCCUGCGACCCCGCGCCACACAAGAAAAAGAAGAAGAAGAAGAUGCCCACCAUUGACGCGGAGACGGAGCCUGACGUUCCGAAUGGGGAGAUGAACGAUCAGACUGAGGAGGAGCUGUCUGUGCCCGUGACCAAGAAAACCAAACGCAAAAGGAAGGCCCGUACCACAGACACCUGCAGUACUGACCUCCUGCCAGAAGAGGACGACGUUGUGGACACUCGCUCGUCCCCUCUGCCUCUGCCCUCCGUCCUCUCGUCCGCUCAGGCUCACAGCCAGAGCUCCGGCCGUGUCUUUGUGGAGAGGCAGCGGCGUUUCCAGCUGGAGCAGAGACACUCAGACCUGAUGGAGGAGUACAUAGACCCACGAGCCAACUGGAGCACCCGAGACGUAGCUCUGAGAGUACACAGUGGAUUCAGAGUUCUAGGUCUGUUUUCUCACGGGUUCCUGGCCGGUUUUUCUGUCUGGAACAUUAUCGUGGUGUAUGUUCUGGCCGGGGAGCAGAUGACCACUCUGUCCAACCUGCUGCAGCAGUACCACGCUCUGGCCUACCCCGCUCAGUCUCUGCUCUACCUGCUGCUGGCCGUGAGCACCGUGUCCGCCUUCGACCGGGUGAAUCUGGCCAAAGCGUCGAUGGCUCUGAGGGGUUUUCUGACCCUGGACCCUGCAGCUCUGGCCUCUUUCUUGUACUUUGUGGCUCUGAUCCUGUCCCUGUCUCAGCAAAUGACGAGUGACCGGAUCAACCUGUAUCCUGCAGCCAACACGACUCUGUGGCCUCCCGGGUCCGAGCAGCAGAUCCUGAGGCCGUGGAUCGUGGUGAACCUGGUGGUGGCGCUGUUGGUGGGUUUGGCCUGGGCUGUGGUCUCCACCCAACCGGACAUCGACUACACCGAAGAUUUUUUGUUGACGAUGGAGGUGGAGGGGUACCCGCGCGGGGCAGAGGACAUCCCAGCAUAA